AUGUCAUCUACCUCGAAUUACACCACUCUCAUCUUCGACAUCGGUGAUGUUUUGUUCUCUUGGUCCCCACAGACCAAAACCUCCAUAUCCCCAACCACCCUACGUAAAAUUCUUUCUUCCCCCACAUGGAUUGACUACGAGAAGGGGAGGAUUUCCCAGGCUGAGUGCUAUGCUGCGGUCGGCGGCGAAUUCUCUGUAGACCCCACAGAGGUCGGUCGUGCGUUCCAAGAUGCUCGUGACUCUCUGCAGUCCAACGAAAAGCUCAUAUCGGUUAUUCGACAUCUCAAAGCACACUCGGAUGGGAUGUUACACGUCUUCGCCAUGUCAAAUAUUUCUGCGCCUGACUAUGAAGUCCUUCGUACCAAGCCUGUUGAUUGGUCGUUGUUCGACGGCAUCUUCACCUCCGCCGGCGUGGGCGAGCGGAAGCCUAACCUCGGCUUCUACAAGGCAGUGAUUUCAGGCACAGGGGCUGACCCCUCACGCACUAUUUUUGUGGACGAUAAAAUAGAGAAUGUCCUCUCCGCGCGUUCGCUUGGAAUGCAUGGUAUUGUUUUCGACGAUCAACGUAAAGUCGUCCGCGCGCUUUAUAACCUACUUGGAGACCCUGUCGAAAGGGGCAGACAAUACUUGACCGUGAAUGCGAAGAAACUCCUAUCUGUAACUGACAACGGCAUUUUCUUACGGGAGAACUUCUCUCAGCUCCUGAUACUGGAGACAACUGAUAACCGGAGUCUCGUCAAUUUGACUGAUACACAUCGGACGUGGAAUUUUUUCCAAGCUGAUUUGGUAUCAGGAAAACCAUCGCUUACUACUGAAGAGUUUCCUUUUGACCUGGAUACCACGUCCCUUGGGUUGACCGUAAUGGGCAGCCCUGAAGACGUAGCACACUCCGUCAUGGAUGACAUGCUUGACUACAUUGAUGACGAUGGGAUUAUUCAGGUACUUGUAUGCGUCAACGCGCUCACGUUGUUCUAUUUUUAUGGACGCGGCCAUCAGCUCGAUCGCACCCUUCACUGGAUACGUGAGGUGCUCCUGCAUAGAGCUUAUCUCGAUGCCUAUAUAAAGCCGCUGCUGAUUGAACGUGUUCAGGAGCGCAUAGGGGCUGAUGGUGACGCUCUGGCGCUCUCCAUGCGCCUCCGGCUUUGUGCCUACCUUGGACUACGCAACGACGUUGAUCUUCGCACUUUGCUUCCUCUGCAAUGUGAAGAUGGAGGCUGGGAAAUCGGGUGGAUCUACAAAUACGGGUCCUCCGGUAUUAAAAUCGGAAACCGCGGUCUUGCCACAUCCCUGGCCAUGAAAGCCAUUCUGGAGAUGCAACAACGCUUCCCUAGUCCCCCUUCGUCCCCUUCUGUGGCACCCGCUGUUCCCCUCGUCAAACAGGCUAAUACCACUGCACAAUCUCCUCCUGAGCGCUUUUUGCAGCGCAAGAGCGACUCUUCAACUACUCACAGCUCUAUUGCAGUGAGCCCAUCAGCCAGUACGAGGGAACACCCAUCAAUUGUUCCAUUGGUUCUAGGAUGAUUGAAGAAAUGACGAAAGCUGCGGAUGAGGCAGGGUUCUGACGACAGAUUUCCCGCCGUGGUUCGUGGCGCUUUUUGCUUUUUCUCGCUGUCCAAUAUGUGCGAUACUUUCAAAAAACGAAUAUGUACCAGUAUUACUGUGCCCUUCUGUGCCAUUUGUUGUCCUUGAGCGGAAUCCUACGCACUUACAGCAAUUCUAGAUUUUCGUUGUCAAGUCUAGACCCCUCGCAUCACCAUAAUGUAACCGUUCCAUGUUAUCAAGGUCCUUAUAUGAUUCCA